GAGAAAAACGGGACCGGCCCCGGUUUCCCCCCGUUCCCGUGGCAGCGCUGGCCCUUUAAAUCCCCGCCGCGUUGCCUCUUUAAGCCGCUCGGUGCUGUUGCCCCUUUAAACCCCGCCCCGGCGGACCCCACCACGGGGGCCAAGCCACGCCCACACAGCCCCUCCAGGCGCGGGUGGGGGCGUGGCCACCGGGCGAGGCCACGCCCGUCGCCCCUCUCUUAAAGAGGCAGAGAGCGGCGGGAGGUGCCGCUACCGGAGCCGUAACGCAGGUGCCGCCGCGAUGCUGCUGCUCCGAGCCGUUACCGGGCGCAGGCUCCCGCCGCUGCCGCUGCCCCGCCGGCCCUGCUCCCGCUCCCCCACCGGCAGCCCGGCCGCGGGGGGUCGUCGGGGGGCGGCCCCGGUGCUGGCGGCGCUGCUGGGCCUCGGGGCCGCGCUGGCCUACGGAGAACGGCGGCGGCGGGUCGCCCAGGCGGCCCAGGCCCCCCCGCCCCCCCGGUUCCCCCUGUACACGCGGGAGGACGUCGGGCGGCACCGCACCCCCGGCGACCGCGUCUGGGUGACCCACGGCACCGAGGUCUUCGAUGUCACCGACUUCGUGGAGCUGCACCCGGGGGGGGCCGACAAGCUGCUGCUGGCGGCCGGCGGAGCCCUCGAGCCCUUCUGGGCCCUCUACGGCGUCCACAACCAGCCCCACGUCCUGGAGCUGCUGCGUGAGUACAAAGUGGGGGAGCUGGACCCCCAGGAGGCGCCGCCGGCCCCCGCCGACAUCCGGGACCCCUUCGCCGGGGACCCCCCCCGGCACCCCGGUUUGCGCGUCAACAGCCAGAAGCCGUUCAACGCGGAGCCGCCGGCCGAGCUGCUGGCCGAGCGCUUCCUGACGCCCAACGAGCUCUUCUUCACCCGCAACCACCUCCCGGUGCCGGCCGUGGACCCCGAGACCUACCGGCUGCGGGUGGAGGGCCCGGGGGGGGUGUCGUUAUCGCUGUCCUUAUCGGAGCUCCGCAGCCGCUUCCCCAAGCACGAGGUGACGGCCACGCUGCAGUGCGCCGGCAACCGGCGCGCCGAGAUGAGCCGCGUGCGCCCCGUCAAGGGGCUGCCGUGGGACAUCGGCGCCAUCGGCACGGCGCGCUGGGGGGGAGCGCGGCUGCGCGACGUGCUGCUCCACGCCGGCUUCCCGGCGGAGCGGGAGGGCGAGUGGCACGUUUGCUUCGAAGGGCUGGACGUCGACGCCGGGGGGGCCCCGUACGGCGCGUCCAUCCCGUACGCCCGCGCGCUCAGCGCCGGCGCCGACGUGCUGCUGGCGUACGAGAUGAACGGGCGGGAGCUGCCGCGCGACCACGGCUUCCCGGUGCGCGUGGUGGUGCCCGGCGUGGUGGGCGCGCGCAGCGUCAAGUGGCUGCGGCGCGUGGCCGUGAGCGCGGCCGAGAGCCCCAGCCACUGGCAGCAGAACGACUACAAGGGCUUCUCCCCCUGCGUGGACUGGGACACCGUGGACUACACGACGGCGCCGGCCAUCCAGGAGCUGCCGGUGCAGUCGGCCAUCACUCAGCCGCGCCCCGGCGCCGCGGUGCCGGCGGGGGAGCUGACGGUCAAGGGCUACGCGUGGAGCGGGGGCGGGCGGGAGGUGGUGCGGGUGGACGUGUCGCUGGACGGCGGCCGGAGCUGGCGCGUGGCGCGGCUGACGGGCGAGCGGCCGGUGCCGGGGCGCGCGUGGGCUUGGCGGCUGUGGGAGCUGCGGGCGCCGGUGGCGGCGGGGACGGAGCUGGAGAUCGUGUGCAAGGCGGUGGACGGGAGCUACAACGUGCAGCCCGACGGGGUGGCCGCCAUCUGGAACCUGCGCGGGGUGCUGAGCAACGCCUGGCACCGCGUGCGUGUCACCGUCACCCGCUGAGCACGCGCGGUGCGCGUCCGUCCGUCUGUCUGUCUGUGUCCCCCCCCCCCUCCCCGCCCCCGGCGGCUCAAAGGUCGCCGUGUUUUAUGGCCCUCAAUGUGUGAAAGUGGCUCCAUAAAGAUUGUGGGUUUAUGGA